AUGUUGCAGGUGCGCGUUGAGAGGCAGCAGCGAAGGAGAAGGGGCGCGAGCGGGAUGACGAGGAGAGGUGACGCGGGGGGGAAGAGGAUUCGCCGAGCCACCAUCUCCGCGAGUCAGCAGUCCGAGUCGCCCUUCUGAAAGAGUUUGACGAUGCCCGAACUCGCAAAACGCCCCCCCCCGCCCUCCCCACAUCCUUCCUUCUUCUCUCUGCCUGCACAGAGCCGGGCAUCGGCAAGUACAAAGUCGGCAGUUUGUUCGGUAGGAGAAACAGAGAGAAUCCCUUCGCCCAGUGGCUGGGAGCGUUGUUGCGCCAUUGCACCUUUAGGACUGACGCACGGAGCGUUCGUAGUUGAAAAAAGUAAGAUUCGUACUCACUGCCUGGUGCCACAUUACGCGUGCCUCCGAUGAGUGCAGAGGACAAAGUGAUCAAGGAUCGCACCAAUGGAAAGACGAAAUGCAAAGACCUCGAGGACGAAGACGAGAAGUGCAGCGAGAUCUCAAUCCAGGUGCUGCUUUACCCAUUCAUGUCUCACUCAUUCAUUCAUUCAUUCAUUCAUUCAUGACUCGCUCAUUAUUUGGUGUCUGCCUGUGUUCCUUGGUGUGCAGGGGGGCCAGUUCUGCUCGUGCAGGUGGGUUGGUGAACGUCUGAGUCAGAGGAAAGAACCGCGAUGGCCAUGGCUUUUGCGGCUGUCUUCUGUAGAACCUCUUACUCCAAGCAAAAAAAGCGGCUGGACGAUAUCAAGGACUCCGCCGCUUACAAGGCUUUCCCGAAGGAAGACAAACAAUCAAUUGAGGUAUCAGGAGAGUUUCUGGAGCUGAGUAUGUUUUCAUUGUGUACGCAAUGA